UGAUUCGUGGAGGCCGCCCUGCGGUAGUUCUCGCGGUAUUUGCUGCCGCCAGUCGGCGGGAGAGGCUGCAGUUUCCUGGAGGUCCUUUUUAGCUCAUUUGGUCGCCCGGGCUGUUGUGUUUCCAGUUGCCAGGUCGCGUAUCAUGACGUCCGCCUUAGAGAAUUACAUCAACCGAACUGUUGCUGUCAUUACUUCUGACGGGAGAAUGAUUGUGGGAACAUUGAAAGGUUUUGACCAGACCAUUAAUUUGAUACUGGAUGAAAGCCAUGAACGAGUGUUCAGCUCUUCACAGGGAGUAGAACAAGUGGUACUAGGGUUAUACAUCGUAAGAGGUGACAAUGUUGCAGUCAUUGGAGAAAUUGAUGAAGAGACAGAUUCUGCACUUGAUUUGGGGAAUAUUCGAGCAGAACCUUUGAACUCUGUAGCACACUGAGGAAAAACUACAUUUAUCGGACAGCUGUAAAUCUUUGUACAGAAACUGAUUAUUCUGAGAUUGAUGGUCAGAAUUUUUAGGAAUGUGUAAUGUGGAUUUUUGACUCCAUGUUGAUUCAUUGUAAUAUGAUAUGUAAAUUAAAAUGUUUCUACAUUUUCUUGAAAAAAACUUUUUUUUGGCCUAAAUAAUACACUUGGUAGCUUGGUUUUAUUUUUCUAUUAAAUAUUAAUAGUAAAGAAAUCUAAUGAUUAUUUUGAGAACUUUUAGAAAAAGAUAUUCUACUAUUUUAAUAUUUAUGGAAAAUUAGUUGAAAAAAGAAAUUCAUGUACUAUAUAAAUGAAACAUACAAAUAGUGCAGGAUACAUAUGUUUUUUUCCCUGAUUUUUUAAAUCAUGGAAAGGUAAAUCUUGUCUUGUGCAGCUAUCUGAACCAUCCCCAUUUAUCACACUGCCCUGCUGGUUGCUCUGUAGCACUUUAGAAAUGUGGGUAAAAGUGUGUUUGGUUGAGAAAAGGAAAAAUGCUAACACAGUUGUAUAUAUUACUUGACAAAAAUUUAUUCCAUAUAGUCUUAAAAACCAUCUUACCUUUUAAGAAUUGGGGAAUUUCUAGUAUUAAAGAAGUUUUUUUGUUAUUUAUAAAUGUGAGUAAAUGUAUUUUGAGGCAGUACUUGCUAUUAUUGUCAACAGCUUUUCAUGACUCCCUAGUUCCAUAAACCUAGCUAAAAAAGAAGUAAACAUGUUUUCUCCAAGCUUGUCAGGCCUAUUCUUUGGUUGAUUCUUGGAGUGAAUCAAUUAAAUAGAUAAAUGUCCCUCCUUUGCUCAACUGGUUGUGUAUACUUUUUAAAGGAUCUCUAGAAACAGUGCUAUAAGCAGUGUUUAGAUACCCAAGUUAGUCCACAAAAAUUCUCAAGUCAUAUAGGCCAAAGUGUGUAACUUUGUGAUAAGAAUAGAAAAAUGUUUACUUUCUUGUAAUUCAAAAUUUCAGCAGUUUCUUUUUAAUGAAAAUAUUUAAAGUAGAAGUUGGCGAGCCUUUUUUGUUAAGAUGCAGGUAAUAUUUUAAACUUUGAGGGCCAUAUGGUCUCUGUCACAGUUACUUAAGUCUGUUGUUAUAGCAUGAAAAUAGCCAAAGAUAAUAUAUAAUAGAUAAUAGUUAUAGCUGUGUUCUAAUGUUCCAAUAGAACUUUAUUUACUGUAACAGGUGGCAAGCUGGAUUUGACCUGUACACCACAGUUGUUGACCCUUAGCUCAAAAUGAAAAAUACAAGCUCAA